CUUCUCCAAUCCAUACUUUUGUAAAACCAUGGGCAGCAGCAGCGACACUGGCGCUUUGCUUUUGCAGCGACAACUUCAAGAGCUCAACCGACACCCCAUCGAGGGCUUCUCUGCCGGCCUCGUCGACGACAGCGACAUCUUCAAGUGGGAAGUCAUGAUCAUUGGUCCUCCAGACACGCUCUAUGAGGGCGGCUUCUUCAAGGCCCAUCUGAUCUUCCCGCGAGAAUACCCGCAUCGCCCACCAAAGAUGACCUUCAUCUCAGAGAUAUGGCAUCCCAACGUCCACCACAACGGAGACGUCUGCAUCUCAAUUCUGCACGAGCCCGGCGAAGACAAGUACGGCUACGAGAAGGCGUCCGAGCGAUGGCUGCCAGUCCACACGGUCGAAACCAUCUUGCUCAGCGUUAUUUCCAUCCUGUCCGACCCGAACGACGAGUCGCCGGCCAAUAUUGACGCUGCCAAGGAGUGGCGCGAAAACCGCGACGCCUUCCGAAAGAAGGUUCAACGCUGUGUGCGCAAGAGCCAAGAGGCCGAGUGAUUUUUUCAACCUUUUGCUUUUUGCAGUUGUGAAUACCAAAGUAGCGCGCACUGUUGACACUUGGAAUCUGUUUUGGUUUUUCUCCUGCAUCUGUUGUUAUUGUGUAUUUUGCUUUCUUUCGAUUUGGGCUGCCGUGCUUCAAGUCGUUUCUUUGAUCAUUAUACACCCCCUUCUUUAGAACAAUGCAAUGUUGGCACUCUUG